AUGGAACUCCAACGGAUGCGGCGGACAGCCGCGUCAGGCACAAACGGCCUCAUCGAACUCCCUGAGUACAUUAUCACCACGUUCUUUCCUGGGGCACGACCUUUACUGGAAAAACACCCUCAGUUAUUCCGCUUCCUUGGAGUUCUGCUAGCAUUGUGGUACUUUGGACCCAUCACCCGCCUGCAGUCACUGUGGAACCGCUUUUCUUCUGUCCUCGUCGCCACCAUCAAUGUCUCGUCCGAAGAAGACCUCUUUUCCUACGUUACCUCGUACAUUGCAGAGCGCAAGACUCUACGGGCUGAUCAGUCGCUUAAUGCGACGUCGAAUCCUCCACAGGAAAGUCGGCGUCGCCACCGUCAUGACCCUGAGGUUGAAGAGUCUGGCCGUCGCUCCAACGAAGAUCCUAAGAUUAAAUACGAGCAAGGCCAAGGUAUGCAGAUAUUCGUCCACAAGAAACGUCUAUUCUACAUCACCCGCAAGUACGGUGACGGUCACACAUACUUGGGAAACCGAUACAAGCGUAUCGAAAUCAUCAGUCUGUCGUGCCUGGGUCGUUCUACCGCCCCAAUCAAGGAAUUGAUAGAACACAUCUACUAUCUGAACAAAGACAAGGAGCGUUCCUUGACCAUAAUCCGCCGUCCCUAUACUGGCGGUUAUGGCAGUCGAUUGACCUGGUCACGGCUCACCUCGAAGCCCCGCCGAGCUCUGGAUACCGUCAUCCUUGAUGCUGACCAGAAGGAGCAAGUCCUCGCAGACGUUGCAGAAUACAUGGACGAAGCGACCAUGAAUUUCUAUGCAAACCACGGCAUCCCUUACCGACGAGGAUAUUUGUUCCAUGGACCCCCAGGCGUCGGAAAGACGUCAUUCGCCCUGGCCCUAGCAUCCAAAUUCAACCUGGACGUGUACAAUCUGACGUUGUUGGACCAUGACCUCACAGACUCGGAUUUGAUCUCCCUCCUGAACCAACUCCCGGGUCGUUCGCUUCUGUUACUCGAAGAUAUUGACACCGCAGGGCUGAAUCGAAAAGGCAAAUCGACAACUGCCCGCAAAUCUGGACCCCGACGCGGCAUGAAGAUGCCGCUAGGCAUCGGUGGCGGAAAUAAGGCCACUUCGGUUGAUGACGAUGAUGUGGAUAGCGAUGAGGAGACGGGCACCUCCACAACAAGUAGAGUCACACUCAGUGGCUUACUGAAUGCUAUUGACGGCGUUGCUGCGCCAGAAGGUCACGUCCUGAUCAUGACGACCAAUAAGCCAUACGAGCUGGACGACGCUCUUGUUCGCGCAGGACGGAUCAGCGUGCGUGUGGGCUUCAAAAACGCGUCUAAAGCGCAGGCCGAGGAGAUCUUCCUCAGGAUGUACGUCGACUUUCCGAGCACGAAUGGGCCAUUCGACGAGAAAGCAAGUGUCGAUCCCAAAAGAAAUGAGCAUCCAUCAACCACCGCCGAAAAUACAGCACACCUCCGCGAGCUCGCUUCGAAAUUCGCCUCCCUGAUCCCAGACCACGACUUCUCGCCCGCAGAUUUGCAGGAUUACCUGCUGAUUCACAAGAAAGAUGCAAAGAAGGCGGUGGAAGGGCUGUCCAAAUGGAUGGAGGAGACGUAUGAGGAGCGACGACGCAAGGAGGAAGAGAAAGAGGCGGAGAGGGAGUUGAAGAGAGAAGCGAGACGGAAUGAACGUAGGAGAUUCAGAGAAGAGAUUAAAGCCGCGGUCAAGGAGACGGAGGAGGCCGAAGUUGAGGAGGAGAGCUCCGAAAAAUUUGAAAAAGGCACAAAUACAAACGAAGGGAAAAAUGAUGAAGAGAGCAUUGGCAAAAGAACAGAAGGCGACGAAAAGUCCGCCUGA